AUGGCAUCUGUGGUCUAUUUUCUCGACAGCAAGGGCCGUCCGCUGUUGUCCAGGGAUUACAAAGGGGAUAUUCCGGUAUCUGCAGUCGAGCGCUUUCCGUACCUGCUGAUCAAUAACUCUACCAACACCGAGAGCUUUGACGACGGCUCGGCACGGCCUGUGCUUUACGACAAUGGUAUCCACUACAUAUAUUUGAUGCAUAAAAACCUGUUCAUUUUGGCCAUGACUCGCCAUGACACCAACGUCUUCAACAUCAUGUCAUAUUUGCACAAUCUUGUCAAGGUGUUGGAGAGCUAUGUCAAAUCAUUGGAAGAAGAGUCAAUUAGGGACAAUUUCUCUAUAAUAUACGAGCUGCUGGAUGAAAUGAUGGACUUUGGAGUCCCACAGAUCACCGACACCAAGAUCCUCAAAGAAUACAUCACGCAAGAGUCCUUCACGCUCGAGAAUGUUAUUGCCACAGCCACCGGGUCCAAGAGCGGCUCCUUAAUCCACCAGCAGCCAAAACAGCCGCCUGCCACGCUUACAAACUCCGUCAACUGGCGGUCUCCGGGCAUCUUCUAUAAAAAGAACGAGGCAUAUUUGGACGUUGUCGAGUCGAUUGACAUGCUCAUCAAUGCAAAGGGACAGAUGCUGAGCUCCGAGAUCCACGGAGCCAUCAAGCUCAAAUCUUACCUUUCUGGAAUGCCAGAGCUUGUUCUGGGUCUGAACGACCGUUUCCUCAAUAGUGGCCUGAGCUCAAUCAGGGGUGAAACCAGAGACUCCAACAGCACAAAGGGUAUAGAGGUGGAGGACGUCAAGUUCCAUCAAUGUGUGAGACUCUCGAAGUUUGAGUCAGACAAGAUGGUUUCUUUCAUUCCACCUGACGGCGAGUUUGAGCUGAUGAACUACCGUGUCCAUUCGCAUACCUUGAAACCACUAUUCAUGAUUGACUACAAAAUGAAAAACCAUUCCAACACUAGAAUAGAGAUCAUGAUAAAGGUGAAGGCAAACUACAAGAGCAAGAUCAGUGCCAACAGACUAGAGAUCCGCAUUCCAGUCCCCGAGGACGUUGACUCGCCCAAGUUCCAUUAUAACAAGGGCUCCAUCAAAUACAUACCUAGCGAGUCUGUGGUCUUGUGGAAAUUCAAAAGGAUCGACGGUGGCAAGGAGUAUGUGAUGAUCGCAGAGCUCUUGCUUCCAUCCGUCCACGACGCUACUAGCUUGGAAAACUUCAAAAAGAGACCAGUCAACCUCAGGUUUGAGAUGCAAGGAUUUGUGACCAGCGGACUCCAGAUCCGGUACCUGAAGAUUAACGAGCCUAAAUUGAACUACCAGAGCUAUCCAUACGUGCGGUACAUCACACGAAGUGGAGAUAAUUAUAGUGUUCGUGUUAAAUAG